UAAAUCCGUCAUUUCAGUUCUGUCUAUUUAAUCACGCUUCCACGCUCCCUCCCUUUUUUCGUUCCUUUUUGUCUCUCUCUCACACAAACACACACUUUACUCUGUCUAUGCACAUAAAAAAUGUUUCUGUUUCUCCUCUGAAUAACUUCAAUGAUUCAAUGGUGCUUUUGGAAAUUGGACCAUUCCAUUUGAUAGCUACACGCCUAUACUAAGGAAUUUUCGUUCCAUCAACUUUUGUCCCGUUUACUAUUUGCGCAGUUUUUUGUGCAAUUAUAGAUGACUAUGGAGACGGUGUUGGAGUUUCUCUUGCCGUCAUGGUGGGAGGUGCAAGUCACCGUCUUCGCGACGGCCUUUAUUGUUCUCUGUUGCUGGUUCUUCACCCUCGACGGAGAUGACAUAGUUGAGUAUCGCACUCGGGUUGACGGUUCUGGUAUUGUCAGUAGCGUCACUAAACUGGAGGAUGAUCCAGCAUAUAGAGUAAGUGGAUUCGAAAUGUGCCAGUUAAAAGGGGAUGCUCAAACUAAUUCUUCAUACGUAAUCAAGGUUGAAUUGUUGGCUGCUAAAAAUCUUAUUGCUGCUAAUUUGAAUGGGACUUCAGAUCCAUAUGCAAUCAUCACUUGUGGGAAACAAAAGAGAUUUAGUUCAAUGGUUCCUGGUUCAAGAAAUCCUAUGUGGGGGGAGGAGUUCAACUUCUCUGUUGACGAGCUUCCAGUAGAGAUUAAUGUGACAAUAUAUGAUUGGGAUAUAAUUUGGAAAAGUGCUGUUCUUGGUUCAGUGACUGUAGCUGUUGAAAAUGAAGGUCAAACUGGUGCAGAAUGGCAUACAUUAGACAGUUCAUCUGGGCAGGUUUAUCUUCAUAUUAAUACUUUAAAGCACAAUGUCAAUUUUUCAAGAGGUUUGAACGGCCAUGCUAAUACUCGUAGAAGGAUUGAUUUGGAUAAACAAGGACCAACUGUUGUUCAUCAGAAACCUGGGCUGCUGCAAACAAUAUUUGAUCUCCCUGCUGAUGAGGUUGUCGAACAUAGUUAUUCAUGUGCUCUAGAAAGGUCAUUCUUGUAUCAUGGCCGUAUGUAUGUUUCGACAUGGCAUAUCUGCUUCCACUCAAACGUAUUCUCAAAGCAAAUGAAGGUAAUUAUUCCUUUAGCGGAAAUAGAUGAGAUAAGGAGGAGCCAGCAUGCAUUUGUUAAUCCUGCUAUUACAGUAAUUCUCCGCAUUGGUGCUGGCGGCCAUGGGGUGCCUCCGUUAGGAAAUCCGGAUGGUAGAGUAAGAUAUAAAUUCGCAUCUUUUUGGAAUAGGAAUCAUGCGUUAAGAGCCUUGCAACGUUCAGCAGAUAACUAUCAUGAAAUGCUAGAAGCUGAGAAGAAGGAGAUGGAACAGUCGGCACUGCGUGCACAUAGCAGCUCGGUCAAAGGAUGUAAAAAGAUGGAAUUAAAUCAGGAAGAAAGUGUGACCAAGAUUCAGAAAUGUCAACCAUUUAUUAAAGAAGAAGUCCUCUCUGGUAUAUAUGAUGAUGUUUUGCCAUGCACAGCCGAGCAAUUUUUUGACUUGCUAUUGGCUGAUGGUUCAAAUUUCACUAAUGAAUACCGUGCAGCAGGGAAAGAUUUCAAUCUCAAUAUGGGUGAAUGGAAUUCUGCUGAUGAAUAUGAUGGUCAAAUCAGAGAAAUUACUUUCAGAACCAUAUGUAACAGCCCUAUGUGCCCUCCAGAUACAGCAGUGACAGAGUAUCAACAUGCUGUUUUAUCACUGGAUAAAAAAGCUCUUGUAUUUGAGACUGUGCAACAGGCCCAUGAUGUGCCGUUUGGGUCAUGCUUUGAGGUACACUGUAGGUGGUCGUUGGAAACAACUUCUGAAUCAUCCUGCACUUUGGACAUAAAAGCCGGUGCACAUUUCAAGAAAUGGUGCAUUAUGCAGUCUAAAAUUAAGUCAGGAGCUAUUAACGAGUACAAGAAAGAGAUGGCAAUAAUGUUGGAGGUGGCUCAUUCAUUGGUUAAACCAAGAGUAUCAGUGAGCGAAAUAGAAAAUGUCAAACCAAGAGAAUCAGUGAGUGAAAUAGAAAAUAUCAUCUCCACAACACAAUCCUUGUAUCAACAUUGUAACCUAUCUCCACCAAGGAGAUCCAAUGUCCGUCUUUGUAAUACGUGAAGAUGCAACUUUUUAUUUAAUGGAAUACUAUUUUA